CCUUCGUAUGUUCAUUCUUGCACAAAUUACUUGGAAACAAAGCCACGAUUUCCGCAAGAACAGCAUUCGAUUUCAGUAGACAUUAUAGCGCUUAUAGUUCGGAUAGUUGAUGUAUUACGCUGUAUCAGCAUUUAAAUAUUACAGUGUGUAGUCGUAAAGCUAAUAGAAUGGCAACUGUUGAUCAGUUCAAAACACUUUUAAAGAAUGCCGAAGACCUCGGCAUUAGUUAUGAGCAGUUAAACAUACUUAAGUCUGUCAGGUUGAUACAGGACGAUGGAAAGAAAUGGCAUCAACGGAAUUCAAAGGUCCUAUACGCUGGCUUGGUAUUUUUCCUAAGCAUUAGCCUUCCGUCUUUGUACCGCUUAACCGAUAGAUGGGGGUUGCUAGAGGCUUUUAAACCACGCGUUUUAAACCCAUACAACAAAUGCCUUCUACCCAGUGAAGCUGUUGGUCCGUUCGUUCGUCCACCAGUAGAUUGUAAUGAUUGCAAGGAUGUAACAGAAAUUUUGUAUUUAAAGAAUAUGACACAAAAACUAUUUCUUGAAAAAUAUGCACACACCAUGCAGCCUCUCGUCAUACAAGAUGGCCAGAAAGGCUGGACUGCAAGCAAAACGUUUAGCUACGAAUAUUUUAAAAACUUAUACCCCCCAGGAUCCGAGGCUCUAAGGUACGCUGUGCGCCAUUGUCAAUUCUUUCCAUACGGUUCGCAAAUGUAUAGUUUAGAAGAAUUUGUUACUAUGUCGCAAAACAGAGUGGAAGGGAACGAAGAUCGCUGGUACAUUGGAUGGAGCAACUGCGAAGGUUUAACAGCCAACGAGCUCAGAAAGCAUUACACAAUGCCAUACUUUUUGCCCCUUGAAUUAGAUCACAGCAAAACAGAUUGGAUGUUUAUAGGAUUACCAGGACGAGGAGCAUCAAUGCAUAUCGACUUUGUUCCUGGGGGAUCCUGGCAAGCGCAACUAAGCGGUACGAAGGAAUGGACCUUUGAAACACCUCCGGAGUGUUACGGUAUAUGCACGUCUAAGAUGAUGGUGAGGGUCAAGCCAGGGGAAAUAAUUGUUCUUGAUGGCAACAGAUGGUUUCAUAAAACUCGUAUUCUUGGAAACGAUUUGAGCAUAGUGAUUGGAUCAGAAUAUUACUGAAGUAACUUGUAAAUAAAAAGCAUAAAAGAUGAACUCUCGCUUCAAAUUAACAAUAUACUCCAGAAACCAUGGUCUGUCGUCUUUUAAAACAACUCAAAUACUAUUUUCUGUGGAUACACUACGGUCAGAGUCAUUAGUGUAUUUUAUGUUUCUAGGGUAUUCACAUUCUUUGCAAUUAUCACUGGCGCCUCUAACGCGUUCAAAGUUGCCGCCUUUUUCUUUUAAUUCGCUUUUUUCCUCGAUUUCGCCUUUGUUUGAUUCCGGUCAAAAGAGUUGUGUUUGGCCAGUGUUGUGUGAGGCUGGAGUGAUGUAUCUAUUGUUUACGUGUUGGCUAAGAAACUUGGAUUAUUAUGUUGUGGCGUAUUGAGUUUUGAACCAGAAGAUUAUGUAAGUGAGUUCUAGUUAUGUAAGGACAGCCUAUACAGAAGGCCAGUCUGUAGCGAUAGACCCCAAGGCAACGUCAGCACCGUUUAAUUUUAGGUAACCAACUAAAUAAAAGCGAAAUAGCGGUAGUUACUAACAGUGAUAU